AGAGCUCCAUCUUCGAAGGACAAAUUGAGAGGUUCCGCAAUCGCGAGAAAUCGGCAGGCAGGGAAAUUUCCACGCUGCUGGUUCCGGCUCGACAUCUUGCUUCCUGAGACUCUUUGCGAUGAUUCCUGAGUGACUUCCUGCAUCUUGCUGGGAGCUGCGAUACAUCUUACGAACAUCAGCAUGUCAAGCCACGCGACAGCGUAUCGCUUGAUGAUCUACCUCGCUCUGAUCACAGCAGCUUUUUCGCAACGCACACAAGAACCGGUCCGACGUCAGCAACAGUUCGCAAUACAUCCGACGGCCCGGACCGCGAUAGUCGGCGACACGGUCGUUUUACCAUGCCGAGUAACCGACAAGGUGGGAGUUCUCCAGUGGACGAAGGACGGUUUCGGUUUGGGGACCAACCGUAACCUGAGCGGCUUCCCGAGAUAUCAGAUGAUAGGAACGGACGACGAAGGAGAUUAUUCGCUACAAAUCAGCUCAGUGGCCCUUGAGGACGACGCGGAGUUCCAAUGCCAGGUUGGAGCCGUUGAGGGCAUAAAGGGCAUUCGCUCACACAAAGCUCAGUUUACCGUUUAUGCUCCUCCAAAUCCGCCCAAAAUCCUCCAAGGAGCUAACAUCUCUCUGCGCGCCGGCGAGACCGUCAGUUUAAAAUGCGAGUCUUUAGGAGGGAAACCAGCCGCUGACAUGUACUGGAUUGAUGGAGACGGAAACACCGUAACGUCAGGAGUGACCUCGAAGAGAUCUCCUGCGAAGGACAACAAAAGAGAGAAUUCUGAGCUGACGUGGUCCUUUGUGGCCCGCAAAGAGUUGGACCAGCGAAGGCUCACCUGCAAGGCGGAGAAUCGUGCUCUCAAACAACCGCUUCUCAGCUCGAUCCUUGUUCAGGUUCAAUAUGCUCCCGAGAUCACGCUGACGCCGAGCAGAAAAGAGAUCCAUGAGUUCGACACGGUCCGAUUCGAGUGUAAAGUUUCCGCGAAUCCCCCACCCGCCGCCGUGAAUUGGUACCGGAACGACGAGCCCAUGAAGGUCGACGAAACUCAAAAUUACGUCGAAUUGAGCAAACUCACUCGCAAAGACAACGGUGAUGUGAUAUCAUGCGAAGCCCACAAUUCGGUCGGACUGAGCCGGGCCAACGUCACUGUAAACGUCAUUUACAAGCCCCAGUUCAAAGCAAACGAUAAGCCUGUCAUGGCUCAAAUCGGCACCGAAGUGGCGAUCAGCUGCGAUGUUGAUAGCAAUCCGAAGCCGGAAAUCAUGUGGACGCGCGGAGGAUCCUCAACGGUGCUUGGAAGACAGCAAGUGUAUGUCAUAAGGGAAAUGACGUCCGCGGAUGUGGGAGUCUACACCUGUCGAGCUUCGGUUCAAGGAUUCCCUGAUAUCACCCACGACUACCAUGUCUACAUCAAGGGAGCGCCGAAGGUCGAAUCACCCGCCCUGCAAUACGCCACUGAAGGAGCCGAGGCGAGGGUCCAUUGUCUCAUUCAGGCCGUUCCUCCGGCGACGAAGGUGCAAUGGUUUAAGGACGGCAUGCUCAUCGACACCGAGAAAAUUCGGGGUUACAGCAUAUCGCGGGAGAGCCUUCCGAGCGGUGAAAACAACGUGCUCGUCAUCGAAAGGGCCUCGGCGAGCGAUUUCGGCGAAUAUAACUGCUCGGUGUCGAACGUGUACGGCGAGCACUCGCUCGUCAUAACGUUGCUCCGUGACAGCAUAGCAACGACAAUGUUAAUGUUCGGGGCGGCGAUCGUUGCGGUUUUCGUCGUUCUAUUCGCGGUGCUCAUGACGGUGUGCCUCAAGAAGAGGUCCCCGCCCGAAGACUUCAAAGAGACCAUGCCGAAUAAACCGCUAUCGAACGGCGGCGCGUUGAUGUCCGACAAGGAUAAUAGCUCGUCUGGAGGUGAAUCCGAUAUCAAGGUUGAAAUUAGGACGGCGUCGUCACUCUCGAACACCGAGAACAUCUCACCGCAGCACACCGCCAUGGACAACUCGUGGGACAGCGGUCCCCCAGACACCACGACACUCCCACCGUACAAACGGCUCAACGACUACGCUCCGGCUCCCUAUCAAAGCAUUCCGGUCAAACCCGAGUGCCAACAGCAUAACCAUACGCAGUCGUCGCCGCCCCCGCAUCUGCCGAGCGGGCCGCAUAUCCAGCUGGCUCAACAACAACAGCCUCCGCUGAACACUUACGGAUUAAAACCUCCUCCUCCCCCUCCUGUGGCCGAUUACAUGAGCACGAAUAGCGAUUACGGUGCCAUGGUCCCGUUGCAAUCGUUACCGCCUCUGUCGCCGGUGCAUAAUGGCAUGUCUCCUGUGCAUCACCAUCAUCCGGGGGGAAUAGGUGUCGUCGGAGGGGGAGGACAGUUGCAACUUCACCACAUGCCGGUGAUGACCAACAACUCGUUAUACGCGACGGGCGGUUUGAGCGCCGCGCUGAUGCUGCCUCAAUAUGCACCCGAUCCCAACCAUGCUGGGGCUUCCUGAAAUAAUUACAGGUCUUUGUCGCUGAGCGAGUGCGGAAGUCUGCCGCGACCGUGCAGUCAAAUGCGUAUGGCUACAGCACAUCCGCAGAAUCAGCCCGCAACUGCGUACAUUUCGUCCACGUUGCCGUAUCGCAAGCCCUUGCAACAGGAGCAACAGGCGAACCCGCCGCUGAGUCCUGUUGCGCAGAGGAGAUAUAUCACGGCGAGCCCUGCCGGACGAAAUGUCUCUCAAUUCAAGUCUGCUCAAUUGGCAACCCAUGUUUGA